UUUGAUUGUCAGAGCACGAGAUUUCCAAUAUUAUGAAUGUUUGGCGGCAGGCGUUAGAUUUUAUUGUUGCUUCAGAGGGGACUUUAAACUUGAGUCUUAAGAGAAGUUCCCCAAAGGACAAGGAUGAAUGUUUCCUAAGCAAUUUAGUACAUCAUCUGAGCAAUACAAAAUGGCUGCCAGGUCACGUCAAAGCAUAACCCCUCAAAAGUCAAUGGUGAAAUCUCCUUCCAAGAAGGAAAAAGAGAGUGUGAAACGACUGAAAGAGGCUGUCAAAUUCUUCACAGAUCCGACAAGUGAUACCAAAGUUAGGGCCAACAUCAAGCUUAGUAAUGCCCUGGAUACCAUCAUACAAGAAGCUCAGAGAAAUGGUUUGAGUGAGGCGGUCAUUCUAACUCUGGUCGAUAUAGCAGCAUCAGCGAAAUUUGCUGACUCCACCAAUUCUCGUCUCAUCAAGCAUCUCCUACCAAUGGAUAGCAUCCCGGAGGAUGCGGCCGUACAGAGUAUAUCCUGGAUGUGCACCAACAAGCCCUCUCAUGAAAAACAGGCAUUGCUUCUGAAGUGGAUCGUAUUGACCUUUGACCUCUUGGAUGGAACAGAAAAGCUACAUGCCUUGUAUGGCAUUAUCUUCUACUUCAUUGAGAAUGAUACCUUAUGCCCACAUGCCUGCCAUCUUCUCUAUCUAUUGACGAGAAAAGAAGACGUCAUCGCUCACAGAGUGAGAAAACUCCUCAGUGUACAGAGGAGAGUGGGUUCACAGCCCCACAUCACAGGACUGCUUUCCAUCUACAAGGUCUUCGCCCCUCACCUUGUCUCACUGUCCCUGCCGUCAACACAGAGGGCCUACUUCAAGCUGACGGACCGUAACUGGGCGUCCAAGGUGCGCGAGGCGAGAGAGAGGAUCCAGGAGGGAAGGCCGGCCAAUACGAGCAUGCAGAGGGAUGCGGCUCAUAGAACAAUCACAGACGUUGCCAUGGUGCAAAAGAGGAGGAAGCUCAACCCUGUACCUGACCUGCGCUCUUCUUACACGACCCUUGACCCCAGGGCAGAGGUCAUGACGAAAGUGCCCCUUGAGCAGGUCAAGUCUUUUGAAGAGUUUCUCGACACCUUUGACCACCUGGAGCUACCAAGCCAGGCUGCCGCCGUGCUUAGGUCACCUGUCUUACAGUAUCUGGUGGCAUGUAGGAGGGACCAGGCCACCACGCAGAGACUCAACUUCUGGCUCUCACAGACACUACAAAUAGAGCUCAUGGAUUCAGGGAGCUGUAAUGGGAGAACAGAGCAACUUCUCCAGCUGCUGAUCAACUUUAUGGAUUUUAUUCAGGAGAGCGUUCCAGUUUGUGAGCAGUUCUUGACGAGGUAUCUAUUGACAUGGAACGGUCACGAUUACAGGCCGUACAUACUCAAGAUGAUCAGCAGAUUUAGGAUAUAUCAAUUCCAUGUCCUCAACGACCUGGUCCUGGAACCGCUCCGGGCGCUGUUCUUCAGUUCUUCUGUCUACUUCAAGUGCCAGGUCCUUCACACGCUGACAGAGCUCCUGCGGAACUACGUAACCCACGAGAUCAGCCGGUAUCAUGAGACGGCACAGAGGCAGAAGGUGGAGGAGACAGAGACAUUGUUGGAGGACGAUGACGACAUGGAGGCACGUCCUCUUCAUUCAAGUUCAUCUGUAUUCUCUAUUCGGGUGGCAUACUUUGACCCGAUGAACACGGUCAAGAAGCUGGUGGAGUUUGUGGAUGGACUGUGCUCCGUCGCUCUUCAGCUUCAUCAGCAUCAUUCCCUUCUCUUGCAUCACACGCUCACCUUCUUUGAACUGGUGGCGUCUCUCUACACGAAGCAUGGUAUUGUCUUUUCGCAGAUGCCGGCGAAGAUAAACUGCUACCGGGCCAUGUUUGGUAUAGAUCCCACGGCGUGCUCUAGGAUGUGCCAGAUCAUCUGCAAUUACAAGGCAGAGUUCACCGCACUGCAUGCUGACAAUGACAUCCACAAACAAUGGGAGGAGAUGAAGAAAGGCAUCAUCGUCCUGAACAGCAUCAUCCUGACGCUCUGUAACUGCCUGUGGCGGACCAGGGCCUUUGAUACCACCAUGGAUCACGGGGUUUCCCUGGAGUACAUGGAAGCCACCAAGAUACCCAACCCCAACAAGAUAUUCUCCAUGCAGGGCAGUCUGGCUACGGUCUGCUUCUGCAAGAAAUUCUUCGUAGAGACUCAACCAGCAAGUAAGUGGGUAGAGCCCCAGAUGAUUAAGAGCGUUCACAAACCUGUCUACAUGGAAUUCCUACAGAGGGAGAGGAUGGAUGGGAUCGUCAACUUCAUCCAAACGUUUAUACGACGGACAGGAGCGAGUCAGACCACAGAUACUAGUAAACUUGAACAGACAAGCACCCAAAAUUGAAGAUAUGUGAACAACUUCAUCCAAACGUUUAUACGACGGACAGGAAUGAGUCAGACCACGGACAGUAAACUUGAACAGACAAGCACUCAAAGUUGAGCAUAUGUGAACAACUUCAUCCAAACGUUUAUACGACGGACAGGAGCAAGUCAGACCAUGGACAGUAAACUUGAACAGACAAGCACUCAAAGUUGAGCAUAUGUGAACAACUUCAUCCAAACGUUUAUACGACGGACAGGAGCGAGUCAGACCACGGACAGUAAACUUAAACAGACAAGCACUAAAAGUUAAGGAUAUGUGAACACACACUUUGGAGAGGUGGGACAUGGCCACCUGUAUCGAAGAACUGUAUCGUGGAUUAAUAAUGAACAUUAUACAUUUGGUCAUGAAAUAAAAAUGAGGUGGUAAUUUCAUAGUGUCAAUU